AUUGGAAUAAGUAUGUAUGAAAGUGAAGUCUCAGCAAAAGAAAAUCGUUGUUACAAUGAAUAGCUCCAUGUGAAUGUGUACAAAUCAUCAUCGACUAUUUAUUCGGCAUUGUAGAUCAAUAGAAGGCCAAUUAUUGUUUUCAUAAAAACUAUGCCAAAUGGAUGGGUCAUUUAUACAGUACAGACUCAAAUCAUGGAAACCUUAGAAAAGAAGCAUAAAAAUUGCAAAAUAUGAUGAUGAUGAUGAUGAUGAUGAUGAUGAUGAUGAUGAUGAUGAUGAUGAUGAUGAUGAUGAUGAUGAUGAUGAUGAUGAUGAUGAUGAUGAUGAUGAUGAUGAUGAUGAUGAUGAUGAUGAUGAUGAUGAUGAUGAUGAUGAUGAUGAUGAUGAUGAUGAUGAUGAUGAUGAUGAUGAUGAUGAUGAUGAUGAUGAUGAUGAUGAUGAUGAUGAUGAUGAUGAUGAUGAUGAUGAUGAUGAUGAUGAUGAUGAUGAUGAUGAUGAUGAUGAUGAUGAUGAUGAUGAUGAUGAUGAUGAUGAUGAUGAUGAUGAUGAUGAUGAUGAUGAUGAUGAUGAUGAUGAUGAUGAUGAUGAUGAUGAUGAUGAUGAUGAUGAUGAUGAUGAUGAUGAUGAUGAUGAUGAUGAUGAUGAUGAUGAUGAUGAUGAUGAUGAUGAUGAUGAUGAUGAUGAUGAUGAUGAUGAUGAUGAUGAUGAUGAUGAUGAUGAUGAUGAUGAUGAUGAUGAUGAUGAUGAUGAUGAUGAUGAUGAUGAUGAUGAUGAUGAUGAUGAUGAUGAUGAUGAUGAUGAUGAUGAUGAUGAUGAUGAUGAUGAUGAUGAUGAUGAUGAUGAUUGAUGAUGAUGAUGAUGAUGAUGAUGAUGAUGAUGAUGAUGAUGAUGAUGAUGAUGAUGAUGAUGAUGAUGAUGAUGAUGAUGAUGAUGAUGAUGAUGAUGAUGAUGAUGAUGAUGAUGAUGAUGAUGAUGAUGAUGAUGAUGAUGAUGAUGAUGAUGAUGAUGAUGAUGAUGAUGAUGAUGAUGAUGAUGAUGAUGAUGAUGAUGAUGAUGAUGAUGAUGAUGAUGAUGAUGAUGAUGAUGAUGAUGAUGAUGAUGAUGAUGAUGAUGAUGAUGAUGAUGAUGAUGAUGAUGAUGAUGAUGAUGAUGAUGAUGAUGAUGAUGAUGAUGAUGAUGAUGAUGAUGAUGAUGAUGAUGAUGAUGAUGAUGAUGAUGAUGAUGAUGAUGAUGAUGAUGAUGAUGAUGAUGAUGAUGAUGAUGAUGAUGAUGAUGAUGAUGAUGAUGAUGAUGAUGAUGAUGAUGAUGAUGAUGAUGAUGAUGAUGAUGAUGAUGAUGAUGAUGAUGAUGAUGAUGAUGAUGAUGAUGAUGAUGAUGAUGAUGAUGAUGAUGAUGAUGAUGAUGAUGAUGAUGAUGAUGAUGAUGAUGAUGAUGAUGAUGAUGAUGAUGAUGAUGAUGAUGAUGAUGAUGAUGAUGAUGAUGAUGAUGAUGAUGAUGAUGAUGAUGAUGAUGAUGAUGAUGAUGAUGAUGAUGAUGAUGAUGAUGAUGAUGAUGAUGAUGAUGAUGAUGAUGAUGAUGAUGAUGAUGAUGAUGAUGAUGAUGAUGAUGAUGAUGAUGAUGAUGAUUGA